AUUUUUUUUAAUUAUUUUAAUUAUUUUUUUUAUUAAUUUUUGAAUGUAAUUCCAAUAUUUAUGUAAAUUUUACGGAUAAAUUAUUAAAUUUUUUUACACAUUUUAGGUAAUGUAGAUGAGUUUGCAGUCUUUGGACCAUCAGCAGUCUUGCAUUUCAAGAUCAUUUCAGGUAAUCACCGGCAUCAGCUGUGUGAUAAGGGAAUUAGUUGAAAACGCCAUCGACGCUCAGGCCACCAACAUAGAGAUAAAAAUAUAUAACGGCGGCGCGGAUUUAAUUAAAGUUGCCGAUAACGGCACCGGAAUCUCAGAAAUCAAUUUCACCAAUCUGGCCUCGAAACAUUCCACGUCGAAGAUUAGAACAUUUGAGGAUCUUUUUACAAGUCUGACCACGUUUGGAUUUCGCGGAGAGGCGUUGUAUUCCAUGUGUAAUUUGGGUAAUGUGGAAAUUGAGACGAGGACUCCCUCCAGUGAUAACGGAUGGCUUUUAAGAUUUGACUCUUUAGGAAAUAUCACCUCCAAAACGCCAAUCGCCUCAAAUAUAGGAACGUGUGUGAAGGUUAGAGAAUUGUUUGGUGAGUAUCCGGUGCGUAGAAAAAUGUUGAUAAGAAAUUCGAAGAACCAAAUUUCAAAAUCAGUGUCCCAAAUCCAGCAAUACGCGCUCAUUAACCCUCACAUAAGCUUUAACUUUACUACUGUUACUAAUAAUAAGAAAUUUUCUAAUAUCUUUGCCACCUCCGGCUCUAAGGACAAUGUCAGAGGCGUUAUCGAGGAAAUUUUCGGACACGAAUUCGCCAAAAAACUUGUUCAAAUUAACAUUAAAGAUAAGGAGUGGAGGAUUGAGGGACUGGUGAGUAAUCCGUAUAACGAGCGUGGGUACCGUGAGAUGGAAUAUUUCUACAUAAACAAGAGACCAAUUUCAAAGGUGCAAAAGUUCAAGAACGCGAUUUCGGCUAUUUUCAGCCACUUCUCAAGUAAAUCUAAGCCCUCAUUCAUACUCAACCUCACCAUGAAUUAUGACCACAUCGACGUUAACAUCUCACCAGACAAACGUUCCGCAUACAUUUACUCCGAAGACUACAUCAUCAGGACCUUCAAAGUAUCUUUUUACGCUAUUCUACUUAUUGAAAACCUGUACGAAAUUUUGAAGCCGAAGACGUCGAAUUUGUCACAGAUAAAUUCUGAGAUUUUAACGCAGUUCAUCUCAGACGUCAACGUUAAACACGAAGAGAAAUCAAGUAAACGGGAACUAGUCUUCACAGACACAAUAAAUCCACCCAAAAAAACUAAUACCAGCGGCUCCGUUACUGCUGCACCCGUUACCAUUACUAUUCCUGAUGAUACUGUCGAGAGUGUUGAACACGCUAUUACGAUUACUGAUGAAUCUGAGAACACUAAUACUACUGAGAAUACUACUACCACUAGCUUGAUAAAUGCUACUGAGAACCCGACUACCGUUAGCUUAAUAAAUACUACUGAGAACCCUACUACCGUUAGCUUAAUGAAUACGACUGAAAAUGUUACGAAAACGUGUGAUACUGUGCCUGAGGUAAUAGUGGUGGAAGACUCUGUGAAUAAAACUGUGCGGAAAAUUCGUACUUUGGAGGAGUAUUUGAGAAGGGUUCCGGACAAAUGUUGUUCAUCAUUGUCAAGACGUAUAAGAAUAAGUGAACGCCGUUUAUUUGAGCGGAAUUUUAAGAAGUUAUUACCCUCGGAAGAAUCUGUGACAAUUUGUAAAUUAACCAGUGACGACUUAACGGAGCACAAUUUCCUGAAUCCUCAAGUGUUUGAUGAGAUGGAACUCAUAGGCCAAUUUAAUAAAAGUUUUAUCAUAACAAAGCUGACAUUUCCCGAGGUUAAAUCCAAGUAUAAUUUUUCCCUAUACGUUAUCGAUCAACAUGCUGCUGAUGAAAAGGCAAGGUUUGAGAGGUUGAAUAAAACAGUGAAGAUCAACAAGCAAAGAUUAAUUUACCCAAAAUUAAUCGAGUUAUCACCAUUUCUAACCCAAGUGGCAGAAAACAGUAUGAAUGUAUUACUGUCAAAUGGAUUUGACGUGCGGGUGUGUAGGGAAAAGGAAUUUCUGGUAUUUAAUGACGAAGAUUUAAGUAUGACAAGUGCGUACACUGAGAAAAUUGGCCGUGGUGUGUACGUACACACACUACCGCAGAUUCUAGGCAAAGUGCUUGGCGAGGAUGAUUUCGUCGAUUUCCUCAACGAACUCUCCGCAACGGAAUACGUUGAAAAUAGUAAACAGUCAGAGUUCAUUUGGGGACUUGGAAACACUCCAAGACCACAUAAAAUCUGGUCAAUUCUAGCCUCAAGAGCGUGUAAAUCGUCGGUGAGGGCUGGUGAUGGGUUAACGAAUGGGCAGAUGAAGAAUAUUGUAAGGAGGAUGGGAACACUGAUACACCCCUGGAACUGCCCACACGGAAGACCGUCAAUCAAAUGCCUCGUAUCACACCAACAACUUGAAGAAUUACUAUCCAAACAAUAAAUAAUUUUUUAAUAAUUUUUUUAAUGAUUUUUGCUUAAUAAUUUUAAUUUUGAUAAUUUUAAU